AUGUUCCUAGUGUCAAGAGGACUUCGAUCAGGUGCUUUAGAUAAUCCCCGAGCGGCACAAGAAAGUUUAAGAUCGAUGGGCCAUGAUAUGUCAAUUAAUGGCAUUCGCAAGUCAUUGAGACGAAAUGGACUUAAAUCUCGUAGAAAAGUAAAGACCAAUUUUGUUAGCAAGACAAACAAGCGGCUUCGAUUGGUGUGGGCUAAAAAGCAUAGGCAUCUUACUAUUGCUGAUUGGCGUCGUUGGGUGUUUUCGGAUGAAACAAGAAUAAACCUUUGGGGUUCAGAUGGUAAUUCUUUUUACUGGACGAAUGGUGGCGGCCGAAUCAUGCAAUCGUAUCAAGUCAAGUCUCAGUUGCAGGGAAAUGACGGUGGGGUUAUGUUCUGGAGUUGUAUAACAGCGGAGGGACCUAGUUAUGGUACUACCAUUAUUGAAGACGCAAUAAACUCGGGCUUGUAUGUCGAUAUUUCGAAGACAUCAUUGAACGACACUCUUGAGCACUUUGGGAAGACACCAUCUGAUGUGCGAUUUCAACAAGACAGAGCAACACCGCAUACAUCGGGCAUUACUAAACAAUGA